AUUGCAGCCCUCUUUCCGGAUGUGCCUCCUCCCCUUCUUACUCCCCUCUCUCCCCACCGCCCUCAGCACCAGCCUCUUUAGCGUCAGGCUUCUUGGCCCGACCGGGCCCGUUUGGUCCCCUGUCCGGUGGCACCGGGCAGUGAGGGACGCAGGGGUCGUCGCCACCUCCUCCCGGAUGGAAUGAAACCUAGGGCUGACCACUUCUCCCGCUCGGGGUUUGUCUGCGGAGCCCGCAGUCUAGACCCCGGGAUGUAGUUGAGACCCGGCUAAGGGCAGAGGGUCCAGGCCUGGGUUCGGUUUCGCCUCUGUCCCCAGGCUGGCAGCGUAACAAACUUGGGCCGGGCUUUUUGUCCCACUGAGCAUCAGUUCCCCUGUCUGCAGAUUGAAGUUAAUAGCACUUACGGAGCUGUGUAUAGAAUCAAGUUGGGUAGCUAUUGCAAGUAAAUCGGUAACGGAGCUCAGGUCCCGGCACACAGUAAGCACUUCGCAAAAGGCAUUAGUUGCUGUUGGAGCUUGAGUCUGUGUGGUACAGCCAUAGGCACUGUGGGGUAGCUUGGAAGAUGAGAUGUUUCAGUCAUAUCUCUGCUCUCCUCCACUCUGUGCUCCGUGACAAACACUAGGAAUACCAAUUCCAAUACAGGGCUGACGACCAGUAAACAGAGUUUAAGGCCAGAGGGUGGAACCACCAGCUCUGCCAAAGAGAAGUGAGGUUAAAACUUCACGUCUGAGCUAGGUUAGAAAGGGUGAAUACGUUUUACAGGUAGGAGUUGUGUGCAAAGAUUGAAAAGAAGUGGAGGAAGUAAGAGUAGAAAUGGGUAGGUGGGGACUAGCUUAUGAAAGGUGUUGAGUAAGAACUAGUUAAACAUAAAGUAAUUGGUAAAUAAGGUGACAAUGUGUUAAGGACGACCUAACUAUUUCUAGCAGUAAGUUCUUUAGACAUUCAGACCAGAGGGUGAUGACCCGGGCUGAGAUUUGUGCAGGAGAUGGGUGAGGGCAGUUCCGAGAGGUUGGAAAACACAGGCCUGUCCUGGGGUAGGGAAGCCCUAGUGAGAAGGAAGCUGAAAUUGGAAGNGCGGACUACCUCAUUCUCAUUUUCAGAGUUCUCCACCCAGAAUGACUUCAGUGCCUAGACCAGAGAUCGUAGAAGAAGAGGAACCAGUGGUGCCUAAGACUCAUGAUCAUCAAUCGGAAUCACGGCUCAACCCUGUGGAAGUGUUUACUGAAUCGUCUACCUCCCUGGAGAUGACUCAAGGCAUUUCAAAGGAAAGAACUCACCUUGGCUGUACCCCUAAAAAAGGGGGAAGUUGUGAUCUCAACCAUCAGGAAGAACUUCAGUCCAAGUCCCUUCGUUUGUCCCCUCAAGAACAAUCUGCCUGUCGUCAAGACAGGAGACAGUCCUGGAGACGAGCAAGUAUGAAGGAAACCAACCGGCGGAAGUCACUGGCUCCCUUCCACCAGGGCAUCACAGAGCUCAGCAGGUCCAUCAGUGUCGACUUAGCAGAAAGCAAACGGCUUGGCUCUCUCCUGCUUUCCAGUUUCCAGUUCUCUGUUCAAAAACUUGAACCUUUCCUAAUAAGUGCUAAGGGUUUCAAUGUCGAAAGUUUUAGAGCCAAAGCAUCUUCUCUUUCUGAAGAAUUAAAACAUUUUACAGACAGACUGGAAAGUGAUGGCACACUACAAAAAUGUUUUGAAGAUUCAAAAGGAAAAGCAAUAGAUUUGUCUCUGGAAGCAUCAGUGGCUGAGAUGAAGGAAUACAUAACAAAGUUUUCUUUAGAACGUCAGACUUGGGAUCAGCUCUUGCUGCGCUACCAGAAGGAGGCUGAAGAGAUAUCCGGAGGAUCAACAGAAACCAAAGUUACUGAAGUCAAAGUGGAACCUACUACAUAUCUUGGAUCUUCUCAGAGUGAAGUUCUUGAUACAGUGCCUGACUACCAGAAAAUGUUACAGAACCAGAGCAGAGUCUUUGAUUGUAUGGAGUUGGUGAUGGAUGAACUACAAGGAUCAGUGAAGCAGCUGCAAGCCUUCAUGGAUGAGAGUACCCAGUGCUUCCAGAAGGUGUCAGUACAGCUCGAGAAGAGAAGCAUGCAACAGUUAGACCCCUCGCCAGCUCGAAAACUGCUCAAGCUUCACCUACAGAAGCCAUCUACCACACAUUGCCCUGGAUCCUGUCAGUGACCUUACACAGCUUCUCUGCGCUCAGGAGGAGAGGACUAGGAAGAGUACCCAGCACAUGGUGACUGCAUGGCAGUCUGAGCUGGCGAUAUGUCACAGUACAUUUGAGGAUGACUCUCUGUAGGGCACUUCGGCUUUUUUCUGAAAGUGUUGACGUUUUUGCAUCCUAGAGAACAUUAUAUAGACAUUUUUUUUCUGGAAAUGUGCAAAAUGCUUGAAACUUUUUUGAAAUGACCUACAAAACCAGUGACCCAUUCUUCUAAAUAUCCUUCAGGGUGAAAAAUCUUCAUCCUGUGGAGCCCAGCAGGUAGCAUAAUGGUUAAAGGCGCUGGAUUCCCUCAUGGUUGACUGAGGUUUGAGUCCCGGACCUGGCGGCUUCCUUUCUCACUUUUUCUUUCUCUCGCUCUGUCUCUCUCUUUGGUCAAAUUUAAAAGUAAUAAUAACGGGUGGAAUUAAAUAAAUUAAAAAAAUGUUUUUUAAAAAAGAAAUGUUCAGCCAAAAAUGGUGUUUAGGUUUUGAAGCAGCUGAGUCAUUUGGACCAAUGAAGUCUGAGGAAAUAUUUUAGAAGCCCAGUUGGGCUCUGUUUGUAAAGGAACGAGACUGAUUAGUAUGUCUCUGAUGGUGAUUUUAGGCAGAGGAAUUUUUAGCAUUGUUUGCAUCACCAGGAAAUAAGAUGUCCAAUUUGAAGGGAAUGUUACUCAUUCUUUAUGUUCUGUGUGUGCUGUGGCUUUUAUUACUGAGUUGACUCCUAAGUCCUGAAUUCAUGGCAAGAAGGAGCUAAGUAUUCCUUUUCAUUGUUCUUUGUGUUUGUUAAUAAUCUACAUUAUAAAACUGCACACAAUGAAAAGCUUUCUGUUGUCUUUGUGAAUGUUUUGAGUCUGUACAAAAAGUUAAAAAGGCAGGCAGACUUAAUAGAAAACAGGGUUCUUUGUCGAGUGCUGAUGUGAAUAGUAGUGGAGAUGCGCUUUAGCAUUGAUUACAAAUGAUACACCAACUAAUUUGUUGUCAGGGUUUCUUCUUCUCCGAUCCCACUAAUGGGAUAAAACUCAUUUCAUUUAAACACCUAGUCAUAAUCUUAAGUCUUAAACCUUGGCCCAUGCACUGGCUAUUUAGAGGUGAUCUCUCCCUACUUUGACCUUUGCUCACUCUUUUUUUCC